AAUUUUUCCGUCGAAAUGGCACCCAAAACCAGUGGCAAAGCUGCGAAGAAGUCUGGCAAGGCCCAGAAAAAUAUUUCCAAGUCCGACAAGAAAAAGAAGCGCAAGACCCGCAAGGAAAGCUACGCUAUUUACAUCUACAAAGUGUUGAAGCAAGUCCACCCGGAUACUGGCAUCUCUUCGAAGGCCAUGAGCAUCAUGAACAGCUUCGUCAACGAUAUCUUCGAACGCAUUGCUGCUGAGGCAUCCCGCUUGGCGCACUACAACAAGCGUUCGACGAUCACGUCCCGCGAAAUCCAAACCGCUGUUCGUCUGCUGCUGCCUGGUGAGCUUGCCAAGCACGCCGUCUCCGAAGGAACGAAGGCUGUCACAAAGUACACCAGCUCGAAGUAAGCCACUGAAAUGAUUGGCUUCGUUCUCUCAAAUCGGUCCUUUUCAGGACCACAAACCGCAUUCAAACAAAGAAUUAUCCUUCGUUUCAUCUGCACCAGCGAAUUAGCGCUUUAAUUUCAGGGUGUCCGUCUUCGUCAACGUAAUUGUUCAGUUUGUUGCGUUUGCCUGUACUAAAUGGCAUUAGUGCAGGUAAACGCAGCCAUAUCCUAAGUUUGUUUGCGAACUUUGUAUUGGAAACAAUGAUGCUGUGAUUGACAUUAAAGUUCUGGGUUGUUCAUUGUAAAUAUUAAUGUUAAAAAGAA